AACUCUUAGUUCUAGUCAACACGAAGCAGCCAUGUUUAGACGAAAAGAUACUCUUUACUUAACCACUUAUUUCUAACCCUAGAAAWAAUAUUUAUGUUCUAGCCUUUGACUGAAUGAAAAAAUUAUUCAACUAUUUUAUAAAUCGUGUUUUUAUAAGUCGUAAAAGAACUUCACAAUGUUCCUGUCAAGUGGGCUAAUGAGUACUUGGAAAAUGUCAGAGAAGUGCAUCAUGACCCUCUUGACGACCAAAAAUGGACAGAAGAGUACAGACAUGAAGAUGAAAAUGCACAGCUUGCUUCUGUUGCUGGAAAUUUGCUAGAAAAUAACCAGGACCCUAAAUUUGCUAACUCAAAAUUUAUGAAUUUUAUGAAGAAAUUAAGAGACGGAGAAUAUAAAGUCAUUGAUAACCAGGUGAUAGAUACAAACACUGGUCAGGAAGUGACAGAUGAUUCCCAAGAAGUAGAGGAAUGGAUAUCUGAUUAUGAUAAAUUUAGAGUUAGUGGCUCAGAAGAAUGGGCAAAGGAAUACAUGGAUCACCAAGGGUUAGAAAAGACUGAAAUGGACUACUGGGAUCAUUUACAAGGACAAUGGGAAGAUCUGGUCAGGUAUGGAGAUGAGGAUGCGAGCUCCUGGUAUAACGAAUAUGAUGCAACACUUAAUAAGGAAUAUAAAUUUGAAGAAGACAACCCGUUACUAGACCAUCCUAAUCCAUUUGAAGAAGGAUUAAAGAAGCUUAAAGAAGGCGACCUGAUAAGUGCUAUAUUGUUGUUUGAAGCGGAGGUACAACAGAGACCAGAACAUGCAGAAGGUUGGCAGUACCUUGGGACAAGUCAAGCAGAGAACGAACAAGAUACGUUGGCUAUAAUGGCACUGAACAAGUGUUUAGAAUUACAGCCUGUUAACCUAACAGCAUUAAUGGCGCUAGCAGUAAGCUACACCAACGAGUCCAUGCAGUCACAGGCAUGUAGUACGUUAAAAAGAUGGCUUAAAGUAAAUCCACGCUAUGGAGACCUGGUGCCUAAUGAGCCCACAGAUGGAGCCAGAAGUCAGGAGAAUCGACCCAUUGUAUCAAGUAUUAUGUCACCAGAGAUGUACAAUGAAAUAAGAGACCUGUACAUUGCAGCUGCGCAGAAAACACCAGAGAACGAUAUAGAUCCAACUGUACAGGUUGGCUUGGGUGUCUUGUUCAACCUAUCAGGCGAAUACGACAAAGCAAUUGAUUGUUUCCAGUCGGCCUUGCAUGUUUGCCCAGAUGAUGCGUUACUAUGGAACAGACUUGGUGCAACCUUGGCUAACGGUGGGCGCAGCGAGGAAGCAGUUGACGCCUACAGACAUGCACUGUCAUAUAGCCCUGGGUUCAUCCGUUGCCGUUAUAAUCUUGGUAUCAGUUGUAUUAAUCUUGGUGCGCAUAAAGAAGCAGUUGAGCAUUUCCUCACGGCACUCAAUAUGCAGAGGAAGGGUACUGUAUCACCCAGUGGUACCAUCACCACCAUGUCCGACAAYAUCUGGUCAACACUGCGCAUGACAUUAUCUUUGAUGGGUAAAGCAGAGCUUCAUCAAUCAGUCGAUAAACGUGAYCUUGAUCACUUGAACAGYGUUUUCCCCCAUGAAUCAGAACCAAUACCAGUGAUGGUUUAGACUGGGCUUCCUGUAUGGACUCCAUUCGACUACCAUGUWCCAGCUACCUAUUCUCUUGUGAUGUGUUUGAUGGAAGUAAUGGUCCUUACACAAAUGGCACAGAAAUUUCUAGAUUGUUGUGAGCUAUAUCUUUAGCUGAAACUGUCCGCUCAUCACCCCAUCACCCCCUCCCCCCCACAAUAGACAAAUGYAUGUUUGAAAUAGCACAAAAAUAAUUCAUGGCAUGCUGCGAUGGAGAAAUGUGUUACUUUUGCUAUGCCAUGCCGUCACACCAAAUAUAAAAUACAUAAAAGAAAGUGAAUAUGGAACCAUGAUGGAACCAUGUAACUGUCAACCAGUACCAUGCAGAUGAAUAUGCAUAAUAUUUUCCCAUUUCAGACCAUGUGUCAUUCCCUAGAGUUAUUUAUUUGUUUAACGAACGCACAUGAAUAGACACAUAAAUAUGGAUACAACUCAAACAAAGAAUCUCAGUAUUCUCAAGAGAAUGGCCAUGUGGUCUGAAAUGAAAUAACAUUACGCCAAAGGUAAAGAGGUCUCUUAGACAUAUGAAUAUGAAAAACUGAAAUGAGAAUAGAAUGAAUAAAGCAUGCUUUUAUUCAAAGUA